AUGGGCGGAACGUCUGUCGCCAUUACGGGCCCUUCUGGCUCCGGUAAAAGUACACUUCUGCACAUCGUCGGCACCUUAGAAAAACCUUCUGGCGGACAGGUUGAGAUUAACAACACCGAUCCAUUUACGCUCUCUGAACCUGAACUUGCGCGAUAUCGAAACGCUGUCAUCGGGUUCGUAUUUCAAGAACAUCAUCUACUUCCGCAAUAUUCUGUGCUUGAAAAUGUCCUCGUACCUACACUCGCCUUUAAGCAGAAACCUGACGCGACCCAACGGGCACAUGAACUCCUUGAGCGGGUUGGGCUCACGCAUCGGACAUCGCAUCGACCCGCUGAACUUUCGGGGGGUGAACGACAACGCGUUGCGAUCGCUCGUGCACUUAUCAAUCAACCCGGUAUUCUUCUCUGCGAUGAGCCGACCGGAAAUUUGGAUACUGCUACUUCCGAAACUAUCGCUAAUUUGCUCUUUGAGCUGCACCGUGUAGAGCAGAAUAUACUCAUCGUUGUCACGCACAACCUUGCACUUGCCUCAAGCUUUCAGCAACACCUUCAGCUUUCAGAUGGCACUUUCACUCUCAACGGAGAUACCUAA